ACUGCUGAAGAAGAUAUUGAGGUAGAAUUGUCUGAUGAUGGAUGGCUGAAUGAAGUCGAUAAAGAUGAUACUGGAGAGCUAUCAGAAGAUAAGAUUGAAACCUCUAAUUGGUAUAAAAAAAUUCAAACCGCAUUUGAAAACAUAACACUAGAUAUCAAAAAUAAGAACGUAAAUAGUGAAGUUUGGGUGCGUCUUAAUAGUAUUCGCUUUUAUCUUCAACUUAUAAAACACAAUCAUUGGAAAAUGAAAGCAAGUAAGAUAGUUGCAGAUGUGGCAGGGAAAGGGGUAUACCAUGCUAG